AUGGAUCACACGGAAGCCAAAACGGUUGAUAGAAAAGGACAGAUUAAAUGGAAUACAGCAAAUGUAACCAAGAGUAAUCAAACAGAAGCAUUUAUAGAUGUUGGACCUAAGUACUCUAAAUUUACAGAGUCAGUGCGCCAUUUGGCUCCUAGUGGCCUGCAGUGUAAAUUGUUCUGUGGUGGUAAAGGGUGUAAAUAUGAAAGCGGAACAAGAUGGAAUAAUGAUGACAUGGCAAUAAAUGGGUUGUUUUCACACUGGGUUACAGAUUCAAUUUUAGCUAUGGCAAGACCAAAUACGCGGAAUAUAGAAAUGUUUAAUAUGAUGCAACGAUUUCAUGAGGACGAUUACGGUGUGAGAUCAUUGCAUUCAAUACUUGACAUGGUCAAGGUUAUGGACUUUGCAAUUCAAGAAGGAAAGGUGGCCGUUCAUUGCCAUGCUGGACUAGGUCGAACAGGAGUAUUAAUAGCAUGCUAUUUAAUAUACUCCAAAAAGAUGGACUCUAAUCAAGCGAUCCAUUUUGUUCGAUCUAAACGGAGAGGUGCAAUCCAAACACGAGGGCAAAUUGAAUGCGUUCAUCAGUUUUAUAGCUUCAUAAAGAAUUUAUGGAUAAUCUUUCCCGCCUGUGAAGAAAAACCAAGAUAUCUAGACUUAUCAAAAUCUCUAAUACGCCAGUCGCACUUACUACAUGGUUUAGAAGCCAAACGAUUGCGUUUUAUUCCUAAAAUCAUAGAUGGAGUUUAUGAAUCUUUUAAGAAUUAUAUUGAUGAAGCUAUCGCUGAAAAAAAAAAUAAUAAGAAAUCUCGUCAAAGUAAAAAGAAGGCUUCUACUUCGUCCUCUGAAUCUCAGGAAGAAGAAGAUAAUCCUAUAGCAUCGGCAAAGCAUUUAAGGCGUAGAGAUACUCCAGUUAUGAUUAAUGGUUUGGAUAAAACUGGGGAGUACUACAAUAAAAAGAAGAUAAAAUCUUCGUUAAAUGCCUUUCAUGAAGGAGAAGAAGAAAUCGAAGUAGAAGAAGAGAAAGAAGAAGAAGAAGAGGAAAAGCCUAAACCAAAUUCAAAAUCCAAAGCACAUAAUGCGAUACCUGAAGAUAUUGAAGAUGAUGAUGUUUAUCAGUCUAUGAAAAAAACUCAAAGUGACAUUGAUAUAAUCAAUGCUACAAAAAAUACCAGUAGUCAAAUAGCAAAUAAUAAAUUACCGGGUGGUGCAUCUCCGCUUCUCAAUAGAAGAAUAAUCCAAAAGCCAAGUACAAAAAUGAAUUCAUCGUAUCAGAUUUCUACAAUUUUGGAAUCUGCUCUAACAGCUAAAGCAACCACUAGCAUGGCAUCUGUAGCAGGUCAAUGGAAUAGAAAAUUACAACCACUCAAUCAUGCUAAGGUUGGUCAACAUACUAUCGGGUAUACGCCUUUAUUUCUACGGUCUAAAAGUCUUGAAGAAGAAAAGGAUAAAAAAACAGACGAAGAGAACAGCUGUCAAGAAGAUCGUGAAAAAAGAUCGGUCACGGUUCAUAAUUCUAUUUUGUCCAUGAAUAAACGAAAGGAUAUUGCUGAUGUUUUAACAGCUCACAGUAUUCAAUCAGGAUCCGAUUUACAAUCUCGUAGUGAUCUUCUCCAGCAUGAAAUGAAUUGUAAAUGCAAUCCUUGGCAGCUACUAAAUGAACAAUCAAUGGCGGUGCAGGUCCAACUUAUGUGGUCAUGGUUAAGACAGUUAUCGAAACCCGUUAUAGGACCUAGUGACUGUGAAAAGCUGAUUAAAGAUAUAGAUUCACCAAAGAAAGCAUUAUACACCCUUAAUAAGGAGCAAAUCUCCACCAUUAUGGUUUUCAUCAAUAUUAUACACUUGCUAUUGCCGAUACAUGAGGACUUACUAGUUUGCAUUUUGGAAUGCAUUGGAGGAGCAAUCACAUUCGAUAAUGAGCUAACUACGUAUGGAUUACAAGGAAGGACAAAAUUAAAUUUUAAAGACUGUUUCCGCUUAGGCAAAGAUAUACUAUCAACCCAAAAUCUUCCAAAUUAUGAUAAAUUAAAGUUUACUCAUACUGUCAGUAUCAGAGAAUAUACAAUUUGCGAGUAUUUAUACAGUUUAUUCCGAGAAGAAUACUUGGACAAAUGA